AUGGCUCUUGAGCUUCCAAGAUUAAAUAAGGCCUGUUGUUGCGUACCAUUAAGAAUUGGAUCAAUGAUUAUAGGAUAUGUAUCAAUUAUAGUAUCAUGCAUCGUCAUAGCUAUGAUAUCCUUGGCAAUUUACAGAGUCACAGUAUUUUUAGAUAAGAACAUGAAUAAACCAUUCCCGCAACAUCCUCCCGAAGACAUGGCGAGGGCAGCUUUGGGUCUUUAUAUUUCGUUCACCUACUACAUAAUUGUGUACCUUUAUAAUUUAGUCUUCAGUGUUAUUUUGCUCAUUGGUGUCCACAAGAACGAACCACUUUAUCUAAGGCUGUAUUAUAAGGCAACGUUGUUCUCAUUCGCUCUUGGCGCUGCUCUCGUUGUAAUCACAUGCAUGUUCAUGGGAAUCCUAGCUACCAUCCCCGUGUUAAAGUGGGUCUUUGCUCUUUUUUACUUUUUGGUGGUCGUCAGAAGUACUUUCUUAGAAAUGGAGGCGACAGAAAAACAACCAAUACAUUAUGAACUUCAACCACAUGUAAUGAUACACUCACCAUUAAUUGCUUAA